ACUCCAUGGCUUCUGAUGAGAAGGUUUCGUGGCUUCAAACUCAAUAUGUAAAAUACAUACCGGGCCAGAAGAGGGCCAAAGGCAAUAAAGUGAAACCAGGUCGCACAACUUCGGAAACCUACUGUGGCCUUACGACUCCCCUCCAGGAAGAUGAACAAGGAUCAGUCCACCUUCCCGAGGAAGUGGAUCCUCAGGCAUCUCCACCUACCGUUCUCAAAUACUUCAUCCACUUAGCAAAGCAUGAAGGAGAACAGAUUAAUUUCAAUACCAUCGACAGACUGCUCAGCGAAGGUUCCGAUGUGAACGACACCGACCGAUACGGACAGACUGUGAUGCACGAGGUUGCUAAAACCUGGCACACAGAAGUAGCACAGUUCUUGAUUGACAGGCAAGCUGAUAUCUGCAAACCGGACCAUUUUGGGGUCACCCCUUUACACGUGGCGGCUGCCAUGGAUUAUGCAGAAAUGGUGACUUUGUUAUUAAAAAAAGGAGCUACGAUCAACGCAACUACCAAAGCGAAGCAGACCCCGUUACACUACGCAGCUAAGUAUGACGCGGUCCAGUCUCUGAAAGUCCUGCUGAAGUUUGAGGCGGAUACCGGCAUGCGCGAUCACAAGCAGAGAACACCUCUUCACCUGGCAUCAGAACUAGAUCGUAGUGAGGCUGCUCGGGUGCUUCUAAACAUGAAAUGCGAUGCAAGCGUCCAGGACGAUACGGGGCUGUCUUGUUUAACCCAGAUGGUUGUCAACAUGCCGCCUGUUGCCUUGCUUGCUUUGGAUCAAUUCCAUGUUAAAGAUCGGGCAAACAGAAAGCAACACUUUUUCCUGAACCACAUAGAGCCACAGACCACAGGUUUCCAUGGGACGCAGGCCAAAUCUCCACUAGAAGUGAUCGUACAGUCCCGCCAGUUGGACAUUAUCAUGCAUCCUGUUAUCCAGAAAUUAAUUGAAAUAAAAUGGAAAAAAUUUGGCAGGACGAAGAUCGCAAUAAUGCUGUCGCUGAAUCUUCUCUUUAUCCUGUCUUGGACGACCCUGGGCAUAGCGUCAUCGCUGUCAAGAAGCGAUGAGGUUCCCUAUAAAUUUCCAGAGGACAUCUGGAGAAUAAUUGUGAUUCUAAUAGCAUUGGGGCUUACGCUAUACCAGAUUGUGGAGGAAUUUAAGGAAAUCUUCCAGUCAAAGAUAAAAAUUGAGCUUUGGAAAGAAUGGAGGAAAAAGGAACUAGAAAGAGACCUGAAGUACUGUCAUCCCAUGUGGCCUGAGGAGAAAGAAUACCUGGAGAAAGGGAUUGAAGAUCUGCAGGGAGUGCAUGCCUCUUACCUGAAGGAUUUCUGGAACGUUUUUGAUUGGAUCGUGUACUUCCUGCUCCUCGCCGUUAUCCUGACCCACAUUGCCGACGUGGUGGUGCACAACAACCCCGACCUGCACGCCUCUCACGUGCGGGUGUUUUCCGUCACCAUUGUUUUCCUUUGGCUGCGGCUGAUGAAACACGCUCGGGCCAUCCGGCUUCUAGGUCCUUUCAUUGUGAUGCUUGGGAAAAUUAUAACGGACGUGCUGAAAUUCCUGUUUUUAUACGGGGAAUUUUAUAUCCCUUAUGCCUGUGCUUUCUGGAUCAUUUUUGGAGGAAAAGUUGACAACAUGUCCACCGUGCCGCAGAUGAUGUUCACCAUUUUCCGUAUCACUCUGGUCGAUGACUACAAGUUUGAAGAUAUGUACGGCGUUGACCCGAUAAUGGCUUAUUUACUGUGCGGGACCUUUCUGGGCGUUUCAGCGAUUCUCUGUAUAAACCUGCUCAUAGCGCUACUCGCUGAUACAUUUCAAAGGGUUUAUGAUAAUGCCACAGCCAACGCGGUCAUGCAGCAAGCCAGUAUAUUGCUACAAACCGAAGAAAACCUCAGUAAAAAGAAGAAAGCCAAGUUUGCAAACUAUCUCCAGACCGUGUGCUCUCCAUUGUCCCUCUUCUAUGAUGAUGACCUCACAGUGGACCAAGAUGAUGAUCUGAAAAAAGUGACCAUUCAGAUUAAGGAAGAGCUGGGAGAACUGAUGCAGAUCGUGAAGGAGAGGAAACUGAAGAAUGAGUUAUCAAGCAUGCAGAAAAAGAGAAACAACCCUGGGAAGUCUAGCCCAAAAGCCAUUCAAUCCAGCGGCCUGCAGAGGCCAGCGUCCCAACAGCAGGACAUCUCAGCCUUAUUAGCAACCCUGAUAAGCAACCAGGAGGAACAGAGAGCAGCAUUACUGCAAAUGUCCCAGAAGCUACAAAUGGUGUCCCAGUCCCUGCAGGCGAGACCGCCAUCAGGUUCUGGACCCAUUGAAUUGGUGGAUAUAGAGACUCAGGGCAGCGGUCAGUCUAUUUACACGGAUAACUAUCCAAGGACGGGACAAGUGACCGUGCGCCCACCAGAACAGUAUGCGAGGCCUAACGUUACAGUAGACAUUAUGGGAAGAACAAGACAACAACCGUCAAACUUCAGCGACUAAAAAUCCAAGAAUAGGAGAACUAGGAUUGUGUCUGGCCGAGGACCCGAGAAAUCAGCCAUAAACUCCACCACUUCAAAUAUACAAAAAAAGUUUAUCUGGAUUGCGACUGGAAAAGAAAAUAAAUGAGAAUGUUUGUUCGCC